AUGAACCCUCUAGUAUGCACAUUUCUGACCUUGAGAUGUGUUUGGGCAGCUGGUGUUGGUGUCCAUUUGACGGUGUUAGCAAGGACACUUUUAGCACCGCAAGAUGAAUUGUUUUCUAGUUCUUUAAGAGCCGGAGCGUUUUUCCCAGAUGCUCUUUAUAGUUGUGGGACGAACUCCGAAUGGCACGAUUUUGCUGAGGAUUGUCAUUGGCCGAAUUUCCUGGUGAAAGGUGUGAAACUGUGGCAUGAGCGAUACGACUCACAGCAGCUUUCACCAGGUGCCCAAAAAUUGAAGUCGUUUCUUAUUGGAGUUCUAACGCAUCAAGUUGUGGAUGUUUCGUGGCAUUCGCUGGUCGAGAAUUACAGAAGUCAUGGUCUCAUUAAAGUGUUAGCAGGUCUAGAGUUUGACGGAAUCUACGAAAAAGCGCAUAAUUAUGCGGAUACUUUUGGUGAUUUACUUGUAUUGGCCGGUGUAGUGCGCGAUGGGCACGACGAUUGGCUCUUUUACACUGAGGAGGAUUGGGAAUUGCCCGAAAAAAAGGAUCUGAUGGAAUUGGUGCAUAGAAUGGGACUUUAUUCGAUAGAUUUCUGGGGAUUGGAUGCGUGCGUGCGUCGCGGCAAAAUUGCUAUGACGACGGAAAUAUAUUCUUUGCUCGAAAGGCGAAGACAGGUGCUUACACUGCCAUACGGGCUUUCACCGCGUGCUCGAGAGCUCAUUCAGGAGCAUUGGAUGGGCGGCGAAUUCGACUGUGCCGCGAUGGUAAACAAAUGUCUAGGUGGGUUUUUGGCCUUGUUCGAACCAAGCUCCACACUUUCCGAUACAGAAAUAUUGAACAAAAUUCGCAUAUGUGCAACUUUGCCGGAAACCGAAGGGCCAUACGGCGUUGAGGAUAGCGUGCUGCAGAGCACGAGACUCUUAAUUCAAACAGGCGCGGGUGAUAUGUUAUUGGUGUCUCCGCUGAAGCAAUUAUCAAGAUUUGGUGCCAGCAUGAAGCUUGGCCGUUUCCUCAAUGGCGAAAUCUGCCUGGCUGUAGGCGCACCACUUGAAGAUUCGAGAGGCUCCGUUUAUGUGAUUCCUUGGAGAUUUUUGGUUGGCGAAAAUCGUGCGCUGGGGAGUUUGGACGCGGUCAACAACUUUUACGGUGAUAGCGUCGAAUGCUAUACGGUAGGUGAAAUAGACUUCUUAGCAGUGACUGACAGUGGAGGAAACUCGGUACAUUUUUACCUCAGUGGGUCUGAGAAACUCGUCAUAGUUGAUUCGGAUUGCGAAUCUCAUCACUUUUCGUUGUCUUGCGUGCAAAAAUUGUUCGACGACGAUGUGCCUGCCCUGAUUUUCUCUGAUCCGUAUUAUGGCUUCAAUGAAACCGGAAAAGUUUAUAUUGUCGAUGGCCACCAAAUCUCAAAUCUCCUGGUGCAAGGAACUCGCCAGGAAACGGUAUUUUCUUCUUUGAAUAAAAUUACUCUUGAAUUGCCAAAACCACUGGCCUAUCAGCAUUUUGGAUCACAAGUUGCCAGUUCAUGCGGUGGUGCAAACCAAUCUGGCUUUCUUUACUUAUCUGCUCAAGGACUUGGGAUAGUACUGAUGUAUGACUUGGCCGAGAUCUUAAGAUUUGGUUCGAAGUCCUCCCCGCGAUACGUUUUAGAGGAAAAUAAGGUUUUGCCUUGGGAUGAAGGUGCUUUGCUUGAAAACCGAAAGAUAAAGCCUUCUAAUCAGCAUGGAAUGUUUGGAAAAGAAGUGCUCACUUGGGUGUAUGAGGAGAAGAAGUACACCGCAAUCUCGCAGCACUUGCAAAAUAUGGUCUAUAUUUUCAGAGAAUUCGGUGAUGACGUGAAAUUUCAUAUGAAGGUCGCUUUAGAUACAGCAACUGAAUUAGCCAACAUACCAGCUACUAUCGGCUUUGGGGCGGGAAUUACUUAUGAUACUAAUCAAGAAAGAUUGCUCAUAUCUUCACCGGGAAGUUUCAACGCGGAAGGAGCAAUUUGGAAUAUAGCAAUGCGGGACAUUGCCGAAGCCGCGGAGAAAUGGCGCUUGCCAUGCAUGUAUGUCACAAUUCCAAAAAAUCUAUUAGUCACUGGGCAAACGCUUGACAAGAAGGGGGUAAUAGAUUUUGGAAAAAUUCUUUUAGCAGGUCCCGAUAGCAAAGUAAUAAUUGGCAUCCCGAACAUGGGUUAUGGUAAUAUGAGGAACAAUAAGUUAAUAGGCGGAUUCGCAAUUGUGUGA